AUGGGAAAGAAGAUUAUAAUUGAUACCGAUCCGGGCAUUGACGAUAUCCUCGCCCUUUUGCUGGCUCUGUCCGCCACCCCGGAGGAGGUAGAGGUUCUCCUCAUCUCAUUGACAUUCGGUAACAUCGAGGUGGAGAACUGUCUUCGCAAUGCAGUGUCAAUGUUCCACAUCCUCGAGCGGGAGAUGCAGUGGCGCCGCGAGAACGGCCGGCCCGAAGGCUUCGGCAGCUUGAGAGCUUUCCGUCCUAUCAUGGCUGUCGGUGCAGCGGACCCUCUUGAAGACCAGAAAAUGCUUGCAGACUAUUUCCAUGGAAUCGACGGACUUGGUGGUAUUCAUGCAACGCAUCCACAUCUCACCGCUAGUAAGGCGUGGGAGCACCUCUUCGCUGAAACUCUGGGGGGCGAGGCAAUUAAGCCUGCCGAGGACUGCUCAGGCCCCGACGACCACGCAUUCAUCCCGUCCAAGCUUCCGGCAUAUAAGGAGAUUCUCCGCGCGCUCCGUGAUAAUGAGCCAGAUUCAGUGACUCUGGUAGCAGUGGGCCCACUCACUAAUUUGGCUUUGGCUGCAGCAGAAGACCCGGAGACAUUCCUCCGCGUGAAAGAGGUGGUCGUCAUGGGCGGUGCUAUCAACGAGCCAGGAAAUGUGACACCAAUGGGCGAAUUCAACGCCUACGCGGACGCAGUAGCAGCCGCGCGUAUUUUCGCACUCACCUCGCCCAACCCGCACACGACAGUCCCACCGACAAAGAGCGACCGACUCCCACCGUACCCCAAAAGCCUCAGCCGGCAACUGACUCUGCGUCUUUUCCCGCUGGACAUCACCCUCCGCCACAAUCUAUCACGCGGCCAGUUCCGGGAGGCCAUCACGCCUCUUCUGGCUGCCGGCUCCCCGCUUGCCGAGUGGGUGGAUGCCUUCAUGGGACACACCUUCAGGACCUUGGAGCGCCUGCACCGUGGACAUGUUGGUGACGAUGCUAUGCUGAGUCUGCACGAUCCUGUGUGCGUCUGGUAUGCUUUGACAUCCGAAGACCCGAAGUGGGUUUAUUCAGCGAACUCGCCUGAGGAUAUUCGAAUCGACACCUUGGGCCAGUGGACUCGCGGUAUGUGCGUUGUUGACCGUCGCAACCGUCACCGCAUCGAGGGUGACGAGGAGAGCUCGAGUGACCAUGGUCUCUGGCUGAGUGGCCGUGCUGGCAAUCGCAUCUGGCGGAUGGAUGGGUCUCCUGGGGAAGAGAACUUUGGUAAUGUCAUCAUUGAGAGGCUCUUCAAGUAA